CAUGCGAGCUAGAACUGGAGAUUUGGGUGGGGACACAGCCAAACCAUAUCAGUUACUGACCUGGGCAUCUUCUUCCUUGAAUGCACAUUGGUCUCUGAGGCACUUCCGGGUUAAUCUUAUUACACAGCUGAGAAAACCAGGCUUGGCCCAGGCAAGAGAUCUGACCCAGGUCUCCCAUCUUAUUAGCAGAAGGACCAAGACUGGACUCACAGCUGUGUUCCUGUUUUCAGUCACCAUGCUGCCCCCGAGAUCAGAUCUCAAACAAGCAGACGUGGGGGCCUCAGAAAGUCCCCAGCCUGGAACUCUAGUGUCACCCAACGACACCAAGGGCUGACCUGGCUGCUUAUUAUUCUGGGUUCACACUAGAAUGACCUUGGGUGUGUUUCAUGUGUGCCGAUGUCUGGAGUUUCACCCCCAGCUAACUGAAUAUGAAUCUCUGGGUUGGGGCCUGGGCACUGAUAUUUAUGCAGAGCUUCUGAGUGAUCUUAAUGCAUUGCCAAGUUUGACACCUGCUGGGAAAUACUGAACACUUUUUCAUUUAUUUACUUAUUAAAUAUGUAAUAUUUAUUAUUAUGUUUCCAGACAGAAGCAUUGCAAGAAUAGUAGAAAGACAUCCUUUAUACCCUAUGUUGAGAUUCCCUAAUGCUACCAUUUUAUCCCAUUUACUUUAUUAUUUUCUAAGUGGCUGACAGGUUAUCCUUUACUCCUAAAUAUUCCUGUGUAUUCCUUAAGAACAAGGACUUUCUCUUACAUAACCAAGGCAGUGAUCAAAAUCAAGACACUAAGCCUGCUAUAAUACAGUUUUCUAAUGUAUGGACCGCAUUCAGAUUUUGCCAGUUAACCCAAUAACAUACAUUGGAGCAAAAGAUAAUCCCAGAUCAUACAUUAUUUUCAGUAAUUGUGUCUCUGUGGGCCUCUUUUAGCCUGAAACGGCUCCUCAGUUUUUCUUUAUCUUUCGUGGUAUUGGCAUUCUUGAAGAACGCAAGAUGGUUAUUUGGUAGAAUGUCCCUUUGUUUGUGUCUGGCUGAUGUUUCUUGGUGGUGAUAUUCUUAUGCAUUUGGGGCAGGACUGUCACAGCAGUGGUGUGUUCUUCUCUGUGCAUCGUAUCAGGAGGGACAUGCUGAUGGUUUACCCUAUGACACCGAAGUGACUGCUGAUCGUUUGGUGAAGGUUACCUAACCAAACUCCUGCAAAACCACACCGCCUAUGCCUGUGAUGGGGACUAUUUGAAUCUACAGUGCCCUCGGCAUUCUACGAUAAGUGUCCAAUCAGCAUUUUAUGGGCAAGAUUACCAAAUGUGUAGCUCCCAGAAGCCUGCCUCCCAGAGGGAAGACAGCUUAACCUGUGUGGCACCCACCACCUUCCAGAAGGUGCUGGACGAAUGCCAGAACCAGCGAGCCUGCCACCUCCUGGUCAAUAGCCGUGUUUUUGGACCUGACCUUUGUCCAGGAAGCAGUAAAUACCUCCUGGUCUCCUUUAAAUGCCAACCUAGUAAUUUCGGGUCUGUCUUUACCUAUGUGGACCCCAAGCCAACAUUUGAGAAAAGGCUCCCUUCAGCGAAGGAAUGUGUGACCGUAAGUGAUGAAUUAAAAAACAAAACUGUGUGUGAAGACCAGGAGCUCAAACUGCACUGCCAUGAAUCCAAGUUUCUCAACAUCUACUCUGCAACCUACGGCAGGAGGACCCAGGAAAGGGACAUCUGCUCCUCCGAAGCAGAAUGGCUCCCCCCUUUUGAUUGCUUGUCUUACUCAGCUUUGCAAGUCCUAUCCCGAAGGUGCUAUGGGAAGCAGAGAUGCAAAAUCGUCAUCAACAAUCACCAUUUUGGAAGCCCCUGUUUGCCAGGCGUGAAAAAAUACCUCACUGUGACCUACGCAUGUGUUCCCAAGAACAUACUCACAGCGAUCGAUCCAGCCAUUGCUAAUUUAAAACCUUCUUUGAAGCAGAAAGAUGGUGAAUAUGAUAUAAACUUCGACCCAAGCGGAUCGAGGGUUCUGAGGAAAGAUGGAAUUCUUGUUAGCAACUCUCUGGCAGCCUUUGCUUACAUUAGAGCCCACCCCGAGAGAGCUGCCCUGCUGUUUGUGUCCAGCGUCUGCAUCGGCCUGGCCCUCACAUUGUGUGCCUUGGUCGUCAGAGAGUCCUGUGCCAAGGAUGUCCACAAGUUGCAGCUGGGGAGGGAGCAGCUGGUGCCAGGAAGUGACAGGGCUGAGGAGGACAGCGAGGACGAAGAAGAGGAGGAGGACUCUUCUGACUCUGACUUCCCAGGGGAACUGUCGGGGUUCCACAGGACUUCAUAUCCUGUCUACAGUUCCAUAGAAGCUGCAGAGCUCGCAGAAAGGAUUGAGCGCAGGGAGCAAAUCAUCCAGGAAAUAUGUAUGAACAGUGGUUUGGACACCUCACUCCCCAGAAACAUGGGCCAGUUCUACUGAAAACCACAUGCGUCUUGAGGUGAUCGCACUUUCUGAAGAAGGAAGGAUCCCAAAUGCCCCCCAGUUCUGGUUCACCUGUACCUUCUAUGAAGGAGAAUUUGUCAGCUCAUCCAACACUCGUGAGGCCAGGAAGCUAUUAAAGGGACGUUUCAAGCUGUUUCCAGCACAUUCCAAAAUAAAUGAGGAGGGAAGAGUC